CAACUUUGAAGUAUAAAAUGAGCAUGAAAAGCCUCCAUUUUCAACCCAUUGUCGAAAGCUCCUCAGGCUCAUCUUCAGAGGCACAGCAGAGAAAGCAACAAGAAGACUUUGCACAACCUUUUGUUCAACAACUCUUUUGUCCAAAGACAACUCCUUCCAAGUUUAGACAACAUGCAGUUUCUCAGCACCAUCCUCCUUGGCGUUGCCGCCCUCAGCACCACCGUCGCGGCCAUCCCCGCCGAGCUCAAGGCCCGCAUCCCCGCCGGCGUCUCGUACAAAGAGAUCAGCCCAAGCGAGAUCCCCGACUCGGUCAAGGUGUCCGCGACAUCGAGUAACUCGACCCAGCUCGACGUACGCAGCCUCGAGAAGCGUGCCGAUCACGGUGUAUACUUGUGCACCGACGCCAACUGGGGCGGCCACUGCGUUCACAUCAACGCUCCUGCUGGCGUCUGUGUCCCCCUCGCUGGUGACCUGAAUGACCUGGUCAGCUCUGUCGGCCCCGAUGCCGGUGCUUACUGCCGCUUCUACUUCAACGCUGGCUGCACUGACGACAACGGCUGCUGGCACUUUGACCUGACCACCCCUGGCAUUGACAACCUGAACCAGCAGCGCUACUGGGUCUGCGGCCAGUCCGCCAACAACCCCAACGACAGGGUCACCAGCUACCAGUGCUGGGACUGGUAAAGAGGUGUAGAGUCUAAGAAUUCUUUCCACGAGACUUUAGGGGGAAGUGUUGGGGCUCGUGGCGGGUAGAGUCGACACGGUCCUCUGGCUUUCAAGGGUUGAUGGGGGUGAAAGCGGAUUCAAGGCAGCGUGUAAAAUGGGCAUUUUGGGUUUUUACAAUUCUUGUCGCUCUUUACAGGAGGGUGCACAACUCCUGUCCAUCUUUUUGGAUUUUUACCUUUACUUUUCAGCGGGCCUACCCGUGUAAUAUGAACAAAAGACUUGGUACCACAUAU